AGUCAAGUUGAACGGCGGAGGACUUGCAGACCGAAGAGCGGUCCGCAUCCUCAAGAAAUUUGCAGACAGCACAGAGAACUACACAUUCACAUCUAUAUGCAAUACAGAGUGGUGGCCUCAAUUGAACACCCACCAGAGCUGUUGGGAAGAAUAUUCCACAUUCUCUACGAAGAUCUAGAGAUAAUCGACGAGGCUACAUUCCUGGAGUGGCGAGAAAACAGGCGGAGGCCUAUCGGCAAGGGCAACGCAGUUCUCUCGCUCACUGACUUUUCCUGUGGCUCGAGAGUGCCAUCAGGAGAGCGAUACUGAACCCUGAUUGGUCGGUUCGUCGGUUGCUAGGGAGAUUUAGUUGAGGUAUCAUCAAUCGAAGUCAUGUGAUGACUUAUUGUUCAUUGUUGGUGGGUGUGGCUUUGCUGUAAUUUAUUUGUGUAUACAUAUUAUGUGUUAGUGCACUUCAAAAUCAUGUGAUUGAUCAAUUUGUGAGUAUUCUAUAACGACAUGGUGAUGAAGUAGUGAUGUAAUGUGAUUAAAAAGUGGAGCUGUAACGUGAACUCUGUCUCCCCUGGUGAUGCUGUCGCUACGGAGACUGGUAGAGGUCAUGAGGUCACUGUGUUGACGAGCUCUCUGGAUGACGGACACAUCUUCUAGCUCUGAGAAUGGAAGGUCGAUCUGAAGGAGGAGGAUUAGUGCAUGGAGAGAGAAAGCUGCACAUAAAUAUACGGAUGAUGACAUGCAGCAG